UGCCAGUCGAAAAAGAUGGCGGACUCCGAGGGAGACGAGGUCCGGACCGCUCCUCCGGCGUCGCUCAGCGCGGCGCCCCGCAACGGACCCGCAACAGGCUCGGCCACAACCACGGCGGGUCCGCGUAUCGUCCGAAUCGUGAAGUCAGAGUCGGGCUACGGCUUCAACGUCCGCGGCCAAGUAAGCGAGGGCGGCCAGCUGCGGAGCAUCAACGGCGAGCUGUACGCGCCGCUCCAGCACGUCAGCGCCGUGUUACCGGGGGGCGCGGCGGACCGGGCAGGAAUCUCCAAAGGAGACCGGAUUCUGGAGGUGAAUGGAGUGAAUGUGGAAGGUGCUACUCAUAAGCAGGUGGUGGAUCUGAUCCGAGCUGGAGAGAAGGAGCUGGUGCUGGCCGUACUAUCUGUGCCACCGCAAGAAGUGGACGGCCUGGAAUCAGGAGAGGAUGGCUCUGCUCCGCCCAAUUAUGACUACAGUGAUAAGCAGGCAGUGCCCAUCUCCAUUCCCACCUACAAACAUGUGGAGCAGCAUGGGGAAAGAUUUGUGGUGUACAACAUCUACAUGUCUGGCAGACAGCUAUGCUCGAAGCGCUACCGGGAGUUUGCAAUCCUGCACCAAAACCUGAAAAGAGAGUUUGCCACCUACUCCUUCCCCAAGCUACCUGGAAAAUGGCCCUUCUCCUUGUCAGAGCAACAGCUGGAUGCCCGCAGGAGAGGAUUGGAGGAGUACGUGGAGAGAGUGUGCUCAGUAAGGGCCAUCGGGGAGAGUGACAUUAUGCAAGAGUUCCUGUCUGAGUCGGAUGAGAACUAUAAUGGUGUAACGGAUGUGGAGUUGCGAAUAGCACUGCCUGAUAAGACCACCAUUUCUGUGAAAGUGCGUAAGAACAGCACCACUGACCAAGUUUACCAGGCACUAGUCAUAAAGGUUGGAAUGGACAGCAUCAUGGCCAGUUACUUUGCCCUUUUUGAGGUGAUCAACCACUCCUUCGUUCGUAAGUUGGCUCCCAAUGAGUUCCCUCAUAAGCUGUACGUGCAGAACUACACCUCUGCAGUGCCGGGGACCUGCCUGGCCCUGCGCAAGUGGCUCUUCAGUACCCAGGAGCACGAGCUGCUGCGGGAUAACCCCUUGGCUCUGCACUACUGCUUCCACCAGGCCCAGGAUGAUGUGAAGAAGGGAUUCAUCAAAGCGGAGGAUAAGUCCUAUCAACUUCAGAAGCUAGCAGAGCAGAGAAAGAUGGCCACAUACCUGAGUCUGCUGCGCACGUGCGAGGGCUAUAAUGAAGUCAUGUUCCCUCACUGCUCAUGUGAUUCGCGGAGGAAAGGUCACGUGAUCACCGCCAUCAGUAUCCACCACUUCAAACUGCACGCUUGCACUGAAGAUGGCACACUGGAGAAUCAGGUUAUAGCCUUCGAAUGGCCGGAGAUGCAGAGGUGGGACACUGAUGAGGAGGGCAUGGCGUUUUGCUUUGAGUAUGCAAGAGGGGAGAAAAAACCUCGCUGGGUCAAAAUCUUCACUCCUUAUUUUAACUACAUGCAUGAGUGCUUUGAGAGGAUUUUCUGUGAGCUCAAGUGGCGAAAAGAGGUGGAAGAGGAGGCUUCAGACAAGGACAACAAGAACUGCAGCAACAAUGAGUACCUCUCUCCGCUGGAGCAACAAAAGGGAUGGCGCCACCUAGGGGGCGAGAUAGCCACCUCUUAAGGAUCCCUCUCCUGGCCUCUGGAGAUCACCAUAAACUGAGCUGUACCAUGACAGUAGAGCAAACCAUCCUAAUUACCAUGUUACCACGGCAACACCCCGGCCAUGCCAUAACAACCAUGUUACUACGAGGACAAACGGCUUCCUUUCAGCUGCUGGGGGUUUCCAUAGGCCUGCCACGUCACCUUGGCAACUCAGAAUAACCCUUAUUACCAUGGCGACACAGACUCAUAGCUAAGCUAGAGGCAAAUUCGCUACAAAUGGACAGCAUCAAAAGGAUCUGCGCUCAUGUCAUCAGUAGAUACAUUCACCUCAUCACCCGGUAAAUGCAGAAAUGCAGAGGACAGCCUGAGGGCUCCAGCACCAUUGGGUGUUGAAGUAGGCUCUUGCUCUCCUGUUGGGCGACGCUACCGCAGCAUGAGCCACCAUCGGUCGAAGAAAAGGCGCUUCGUCACCAUCACAGUGUAGUGACCAGCAACCACUUUUUAAUUGGUUGCUGAUGGCACUACAUUAAUGUGACUGAUCAGAGCCAGCACGUGUGUUUGGAUUUUGGAGCUAUUUAAGAGAAACGCUGGGUGGCUAAAACUGUUGAGUUGAGGCACGGGGGUAUAAGUUAGUAACUGAUUAUUAACACUAUGAUCGGAAGCAUUUAAACUCAUGGAGCUUUGAAAAUGCUGGACUGGUGCUCACUGAAGCAUUUUUGAGGUUUAACCUUGUCUUAGUGGUCCUCUUAGAUUCAGACAUGUUCUUCUGAACAAAGGCGCUUAAUAGCAUCACUGUAGUUAAUGAUUUAGCAUCGCUGGCUAAAACACUCUAACACAGGCUAAACUUGUCGGAAAAUACUUGGAAAGGUGCUUGUUAGCUUUCUUUUUGUGAGGCGCUCGGUUAAUUUUCAGUAACAGCCAUUUGCAAUAAGGACAACAAAUUUUGGUUAGGUGCAAGACUGCUUUAGAGGCUUCUGAGAUUGAACCAUGGGAGAGUUACCGUAAGAGGAGUGUGUGUGUGUGUGUGUGUGUGUGUGUGUGUGUGUGUGUGUGUGUGUGUGUCUGCUCCUAAGGGGAAGCAGAUGAGGUGUGUGAAUGUCACUCCAUGCAGAGGGUAUUGUAAAUUUUGAAUGCCGGCAAUAAAACGGUAGGAUUCGGUAGCACAGUGGUUGUUUAGAUGGUCAGCAGUGGGGAGUUGUCAUUUAAUGUUCAGGUGCAGUUCUGUAGUCUUCCUGUAGGGGGCAGCAGCACCACAUACAAAUGAGUUUUCUUACACAUCUAAAGUCUAACGGAGGGAGAUGGAGAGAACAAUUUUGUGUUUGCGAUUGGGUCAUGUUUAGCAGUUUAAAAAGGGAGCAGUUUUGUGUAUGUGUGUGUGAGACAGAGAGAGAGAGUUUUAACUGUAUUGAACAGUUAAAAGGUCUUCCAGGCUCUUCAGAGCAAUGACUCCCUGGGGCUCUGUAAUUUGCCCUCUGAGCAUAGCACUGCAUCUCGUCUAUUAAGCGGGAGGAUGGAGAGAGCAAGAGGAAAGCAGGAUGUUAAAGAUAUACCAGCUCUGUUUUAUUAAUGUUAACUUUACUCUGUUCAGCUGAACAGGAAGCUGUCUGAACCUCCUCAGAACACAAAUUGAUGUCUGGGCGUUUAUGAACAUGUUGUUAUAUUUCUUUCUUUCUUUCUUUCUUUCUUUCUCUCUUUCUUUCUUUCUUUCUUUCUCUCUUUCUUUCUUUCCCUCUCUCUCUUUUGUUCUUUCUUUCACUCUGUCUUGGUGUGUCUCUCUAUCAGUGUCUUUCAAUCUUUCUUUUACUCUUUUGGUCUUUUUCUCUCUCCCUCCCUCAUUCCUUCUCUCUCUCUCUCUCUCUCUCUCUCUCUCUUUCUUUUAGAGUGUGAGUGUGCUCCAUAAUUCUUUUAAUAAAUUAAAGGGAAUACUCGAUCCAUGUGAAAAAACCUUAAUAGUUCCUUGAUAAUUCAGCCCUAUCAGCUGUACGUGUUUGUGUGUGUGUGCGUGUGCGUGUGUGUGUGUAUGUGUAUGUAUGUGUGUGUGGGGUUGGGGACCGGUGUGGGGAGGGUCAGAGAAGAUCCUGCUGUUGCCUUGGCAGCGUAAUAUCACACAUGCUUUUUUUUGCGCUCUGUGUAUUUACAAACCUGACUAACUCCAUUAGUGUGUACUGCUGAGUCACAAACAUUCAGUGAUAAGAAUUCAGUGCAAAGACCUGUUCAUGUUGUUGUCGUUUUUUAAUUUUAUUUUUUUAUUGUAACUCAAAAGAAGAGCGAGUAGGGCUUUUUUGCCUCAAGGGUGUGCUGUGUCUGUAGUCGGUGGUCAUAAUUUCGUAAGAACACAGACGUUAUCAUUUUAAAGUGUCCAAAAACAAACACAAAAAAAAAAAACUACAAAAACAGACGUGUGCAACUGUGUCGUAAUGUUAACCAG